AGCUUUAACCGCGUUCUUGUGACCCAUCAUUCCAGUCAGAUCAAUCUAGAAUCUGACUAGAAGUUUUUUCACAGGCAAGGCUGCGAUUAAUAAUAAAGCGGAGCAUCGCGGAUGAUCAGCCGCACACACCACCAGCCGCAUUGCGGCCAGCCGGUUCAUCAAUUAACUGACGCAGCGUUGCGCUGCCACAAUGAUACACCAGUCUGUUUCUUCCAUACCGUGUUUCUUUCUCUUCUCAUCUUGUGUCAUCUAGAAGUCUUAGCAAAGCAUUGCGUUGGUUCCUUUUGAAAAUUGCUUUGGGAGUCUCUUGUCCAUCAAGAUGUUCACCUUACCGUUGCUUGCCGUUACCCUCUUCCUCCAGGUCAAAUUCUCCCUGCAACCAGGUCUGAAGUAUGCGCUCUAUGGUGCUCUCAUUCUUAGUGCGCUGCAUGCCAUCUUCGCGCCCCUCAAGGGAGUCGGGGAUUUUGCAACAUACACCAAUGCCUUCUUAAGUGUGUCUUUCAUCAUUCGAGCCGUGGAAUUGCUUAUCUUGCAUGACCUCGAUGCUUUAGAGCACUUGGAAAAGAUAUCUCACGUGUCGAGUUCAAUUUUAUACUCUUGGGAGCCCAUUCCGAAAACGCUAGGUUAUAGAAGAUUUCUCCGAGUCUGUAACCUGAUCGCCAACCCGCGCGCUAUUGGAUGGAACUAUGGCUCGACCAAAUACCUACCGCCGCUACGCCCCGUUGAGGGGGAGGCUGGCGGGGAUCAUUGUGCUCCAGAGCAUGAGAACAUGGUCUUGGUAGCUGAUGGAGACCGUCGCACCUUUCUCAGGUCACGUGUUUGGACAAUUCUCUUAGCCUAUGCGGCCAUAGACACGUAUCAGGCGGCGUUUGCGCGCAACUAUCCCAAAAUCUGCGACAGCGUCGACAGAUUUUUGAACGGCGUGGUGGGCUGGGAUAUUGCCCCGGCUACCAGCGAGAUGGUAGUUAGAAGAUAUCUGUUGUCACCCGGCUGUUGGAUAGCUGCAUAUGCUUUUGUAGAUGGCAUCCAUUCCGCUGUGGGCGUAUUUUCGGUUGGCAUUUUGAGAGGCUUUUCGCCGAAGUAUGCUGGAGAGCCAUGGAUGUAUCCGCCGGUCUUUGGGUCCGUACGUCAUCUGCUGGCGUUCAGUCUGCGUGAUAUAUGGGGCAAAAUGUGGCACGACUUGUGUCGCAAUCCCUUAUUGACACUGUCCCGCGCGGCCAUCCCGAUGAACAUUCCUGUGGGAUUGCAACGUUUUCUGAUCAUUUGCCUCACCUUCUUUGUUUCGGGCAUUGUUCAUGUUGCAGGGACUUAUGCUGUCUCCAAAGACCUUGUUGCGGUCGGCAUGAUGAUGUCAUUCUUUUGCAUUUUGCCGCUCUGUAUCGCCGCACAGCAUCUAAUCUCUGACCGAUUCCUCCCUAUGAUUCUGCCUCAGAAUGAGAUCUCACGGUCGGUGAUCUGGUUGGUCAAUCUGGCUUUUGUUACAGGAUGGGGCCACAUCACCAGUCCUUGGUUUCUCGAUCAUAGCAAGCUGCCGGAGGCUAUCGGAUCGGUGCCUCUCCCCUUCAGUUUGUGGAAAUUGGCGGCCAAUAUCUAGAGUUUCUCAGAUUAUUGACAGAGACAGAGCUUUGCACUUGUAGUACGGCAGACGGUUGGACAUUUGUCUUACCUUGCCGUUGUCUAUCGGUUUCACCAUCUGAUCUCAUGUCUUAACUGGUCUAUUGGUGUUGAGUCUGUGAAUUCCGUUUUUAUCUACAUCAGAUCACGUACAGCACUAGAGAAGUUCUUUUGCC